GGCGACCUAUGCCUCAGCUGACGAAAAAAUAUCCGACUUAUUACGCUAGCAAAUCUGUCCAUAAGUUAUUUAAUUACUGGUUAAUAAAUUAAACCAUAUUACUAGACGUGAUGUCAAUGCAACAGAUGUCAGAAUGUGUGACGUGUGCUGUUCACUGCUAGAACUUUUUGAGAAAUAUGAUGCGGAUAAUCCUUGCGGUCAACGAGCACCUUUGUCGAAGGCGGAUAUCUUGGUUCUGUGCAGCUACGUGCAAGCUUGGAAUCAAAGGCAAUGCACCUGCUGCUACAAGGAGCCCCAGAGCUUCGACAAGUUCAACGCUGUGAUUCAAGGGCUGCUGCAGACGGUGCUAGGGUUGCUGCGGCAGUUGAAGGCAAAGCUAUGCGCUCCGGGCCCAGAAGAAACCUCGGAGGAUGCUGCGGCGUUGCCGGACAGUCGGGACGCCAAAGGGUCUGCAGCACUGGAAGGCUGGUCCCUAGAAGACCAAGAGAAGCUGCUCCACUUUGCCUCCAAGGUGUUCUUGCUCAACUUCCCCCUGUACGUGGCCUUCAAGCACAGCCUCCACUCCAAACUCGAGGAGGUGUCACAAGCAGAAGUGGCGGCCCUAAGCAGCGUGUGCGAUGUCAACGACAUGGACAUCCCCGUGCACCUGCUGCGGAACGUGGCCCACUUCUGCGGCCAGGGUGGCCUUUCAUUGCUCCACUCCUGCUUCAGGGAAGUGGCACCACAGCGGUUACCCAUCGGCCUGGCACACGCACUCGUCUCGCUCGUCUCCAACCUGAAGCUGUGGAUGAACCUGCCGUGCAUCGUGCAGCAUUUGGUUCCCCUGCGGUCAUCUGUCAUACGAUACCUGUGCAGCCGGUGCGAGGGAGAGCUGCGUGGGGCCACGAGCCGCAGCCUGUUUGAGCUGAUGCUGGGGGCGGUGAAGGACCCCCUGGACGUGCACCUGGCCCUGGACAGGGAGGGCCUGGAGCUCGCCUUCCGCUGCUUUGUCUCCCCCACCCUCACCAUGCGCCUCUCGGGCAUUGCACAGAUCAACAGCCACAUCAGCAUGCUGAACGAGCUGUGCCACAGCGAGACUGUGGUUGGGGCUCAGGCAAUGGCCAAGGCCCUAGCCACCUGGCUGGUGGAGUACCGAGUCGUGGAGCACAUAUUUGGACCCAAUCUCCAUGUGGAGGUGAUCAAGCAGAGCCACCUGGUGCUGGGGCUGCUGGCGUCAGAGGGCCAGCUGACGACGUCUCACCUGGACGCCGUGUGGGCAGCGGGUCAGCUAAAGCACUGUGGCCGCCAGGUGCUGGAACUGCUGCCCCCGCUCAUGCGCAACCUGAGGGACGGACCCGCCAUGCACCUCUACGCCCGUCUCUGCGCCACUCCGCCGAGGGAGCACAGCGAGCAGACGCUCCUGCUGGCCUCGGCCCUGACCAAGCACAUGUGGGCGAGCGGUGGGCGGGCCGCCCGCCCGUCCUCCCCGUUUGGCCAGAUCCUGGGGACAAGACCACUGCCAGGGGGACCAAGCAGAGUGUCUAAAAAGAAUUUCCACGAGGGUCCAGACGGGAGCGAGGAGGAAGACGACGAGGAGGAAGAGGAGGUGGUGGGUGCCUACCCGACUCAGGUGCCGCCGGUGCCCGGCACGGUGGGCUCUCCACCGUCGGGAACCCUGGGGGUGCCGGGAGCGGUUCGGGCGGUGGGGGAGUCCUCGUCCGACAGUCAGAGCAGUUCCCCGGCGCGCCACCCCGCGGUCCCGGUGGUAGUCAUGGCUGCACUACAGCCCUGGGCUGGGGGACGCCACCCCGCAGAACAUCGGGAAGAAGAGGAGGAAAGUGGCAUGAGUGCGGGAGAGGAGGACGAAGAGGAGGAGGAAAGUGAGGAGGAACUGAGCAGCGACGAGGAGCGAUGUCCCGUGGGGACACCCAGAACUCCCCAGAUCUUGGAACGGGCGCUUGUCGGGAAAGCCAGACCCCCAGGACUCAACGCUCGGCCACCUCCGCCCCCGAGAGACGACCCAGUUACACCCGUGGAGCUUCCGAGGACGUGGCACAACCGAGAUGGCACGACUCCUCCACCACCCCGACCUCCCGCGCUGAAUGUGCCGAGCCCCGACGGGGCGAGCAGCUGCCACUCGCUGGCUGCCAGCAACCAGUCGGACAAGAACCUGGCGGACUUUGAUGGAGAGGAGGAGGCCCCGUGCUGGCCCCGGACGGGUCCCAGGGAACCCCCGCCCACGGCCCUGGACGUGGGACAGGUCUGCCAGCCGGGCAAGACCCUGCUCUGGGACCUGCUGCAGGACGGCAAGAUUGAGGAGCUUGGGGAGGAACUUGCCCUGGAGGCGGAGAAGGUGCUCUGCAGCCUGGUCUGCUGGUCCGUAGACCGCACGGUCCGCACCCAGUUCAUCGAGGGCUGCCUGCGCAACCUGGCGCAGAGCAGGUCGGUCGUGGUGUCGUUACGGCUGCUGCCCAAGUUACUGGCGUCCUUCCAGCAGCCCAGGGAGGGGGCAGACACCUACUGCGUGACCAUGUGGGCCGAGCGCGAGCACGGCAUGAUGCGGCUCUUUCUGGAGGACCUGGUGCGCUACACGAGCGGCCGCAGGGAAGGCAAUGCCUCCGUCCACAAACUGUACAGCCACAGGGAGCAGAUCCAAGUGCGGCUACACUUCCUGUCCUGCAUCUUCUCGGCGGCGGGUUCUCCGGAAGACUUUGGACUGAGCCGUGACCAGGUGGACGUUUUGUGGUCGUGCCUGGCGCUAGAUCCUGAGUGUGGGGACGAGCUGUUCAGCUGGCUCCUGAGCCAAGUGCGCAGCAAGGAGCAGCAUGCCCUGAACGCCGACCUCUUUAGACACCUGCUGCUGCACAAGCUGCCCCAGCUGCCGGCGCCCACGACGAGCAUGACGGCACUGCACCUGCUGCAGCAGCUGAGCGGAGUGGGCCGCCUGGCUCCUCCCGAGCCGCCCCCGCUGCCGGGCUCUCCCGCAGGCCGGGGACUGGCCUCCCCCAACGGCAAGGAGCCCCAAGGCGGCGUCCGGUGGCCCCUUCAGGCGAGCGGCAUCGACCAGCUCUGGGAGAUCGCCCUGAGGGCGCUCAGCACGGACGUCAGCAUGGCCGCCAUCCAGUACCUUAACAGCUUCUACCUCCACGCUCACCAGGGUACGCUGGAGAGGGAAGAGGAGUUUGCUCAGCGCUGCAUGCAGAGUUUACGCACAUCCGCGGAGAGCCUGGCUGAGAAGCCUCAGCAGGCGGAGGAGACGACCUUGACAGUGGUCCAGCGAGCCCUGCAGCUGCUGAAACUGCACUUGGAAGCGUUUCAGCGACGGUACGCCUUCCACCUGCGGCGCUGGCAGCUGCGUGACGGCACGGGGCUCAGCCCCCACGGCGCCGCCCUACAAGACUCUCGUGGCCCCGGCAGCAAGCUCCGCGUCGUCUGCCAGCCGGCGGGGUUGCCCCACAAGGGCACCCUUGAGCUGCAGAGCUGGGACCUAGUGGGGGACCUGAGGGCGGAGGUGGGACACUGGUGGGAGGGCCUGCAGCAGCAGGGGGCCACCCAGGACAGCCCCUCCUGCCAGCCGGGGCUGCUGCGCAUGAUCACCCAGGGCCAGGAGCUCACGGCGGACCUGGAUGAGAAGCCCCUGGCGGACUUGGGCUUCAAGGACCUACAGCUGGUGUUUGUGUCGGUGGGGGCGGCCAGGCAGCGCCGGAGGGCGGGGCCGGGCGCUCCGGAGCCGGCAAGCCUGCUGCCUUGCCCGCCGAGGGAGAGGCUACCCACCCUGGUGCUGCUGAGGCCCGCCUAUCUCGAGUGUCUCUUCUCCCUCAUGCAGCUGCUGGGCAACGUGCACACGCGCAACAAGGCGGGGGAGAUGGUGCUACACACCAAGGCCCAGGUGCUCUCCCGAAGGGUGUGGGAGAUCCUGACCAUGCUGCCUACGUCACCGGCGGUGCUGCGCCAGUUCAUUCAGGUGGCCCAGGAGCCCGAGGGAGCGGCUGCCGCAUUGCACGCCCUACUGAAUCCCGAAGAGCCCCAGAAGCUGAUGUACUCCCUUCAGAUCGUGGAGUCCCUGCGGCAACGCAGCGCUGCUCGGUCGGCCUCCUUACAGGCCGCCUCUUGUUCGAGUUCCCCCGCCACAAAUGGCCUCGGGAGCGACAGCAACGACUUGUCUUUCUCCGGAGCCCUGGGCCAAACUUGGGCAGACAAGUUUGUGGAGUGUGGCGGACUUCGACACCUGUUCGACAUCUUCCUGUCCGGAGUGCUGCACCCUCACGAAGCAGAACAGUGGAACGAGUGGGCGGAGGACUGCCUGGCCUGCCUGCUGCGGGUGCUCUACCAGCUCGGGGUGGAGGGCAGCGGCGGGGAGAGCCCCGGCACCCGGUCCCCGGACGCCCCAGACCUGGUCCUGGAGCAGCCUCGCAAGCGGCCCCGGCGCCAGCGGCGGUCGGGCCCCGACAGGCUCGUCGUGCCCAGGCUCGGACAGGUGCUGCUUCAGAUGCUGGCGGAGGCGGAGUCCACCAGCCUGACCCGCCUGCUCCAGGGCGCCCUGGGGGAGGGUGCCCUGCCCCGGGACCCCCACGAGCUGCGCACGGGCUUCUGGGGCCGGCCACAGGUGGUGCAGUGUGCCAUGCGGCUGCUGGCCUCGUGGGCGCACUCGCGGCCCCCGCCGCCGGGACCACCCCUGCUGCUCCAAGCGCCCCCCGGGAAGGGGCUCGACAACUGGCUGCGCAGGCUCGUGCUGGACGACCCCGACCCUGCCGUGAGGAGAGAAGCAUGCACGGGACUCUACCGGCUGUGCCUGGGCGUGGCCUCGGACGGCCACGGGGGCCAGGCCUACGUGGGGCCGCUCCUGGCCAGCCUCCUGGGGUUCCUGUCGGCCGCCCAGAGCAUGCAGGCCCUCAACACGGACGAAGGAGAAAAGGAGUCGUACGGCCCAGGCUGCAGGGACUACUUCUUCCUGGUGUGCCAACUCGUGGACAAUCUGGAGGAGGAGACCGUACCUGAUCAGAAACCUUUGGUGGACCUGGACGGACUCGCGUCCUGCUUGGCCGAGGCUGUCCUGGGCAGGGAGGUGCGGGAGGUGCCCCAGAGCUCCCGAGAGGACGACGGCCUCUAUGGCCUCCUAGCCCUGGCCACGGCCGUGACCAAGCACAAUCCCCCCUUCAAGUUCACCAAGCAGGGGCAGGAAUUUGCCCUGGGCGUUCUGGGCUGCCUGUUUGCGGCGGGGUCGGCGAGCCUGACCCAGUCGCCGCAGCAGCAGCAACAGCAGCAGCAGAAUCAGCAGCAGCCGCAGCAUCAGCAGCAGAAUCAACAGCAGCUGCAGCAUCAGCAGCGCCACCUGCUCAAGUGCAAAUCCCCAGGAGUGAGGGCGGCCGCCUACGACCUGCUCCUGGAGCUGGUCCGGGGAUCCGAGGACAACUUCCGGCUGCUCCACGCCCGGCUGCUCCAGCAGCACUCCCCGAAGUCUCACAGCCCGUACCCGUGGGACUACUGGCCCCAGGAGGACGGGCGCUCCGAGUGUGGCUACGUGGGUCUCACCAACCUGGGGGCCACCUGCUACCUGGCCUCGUGCAUGCAGCACCUGUUCAUGCUGCCCCAGGCCAGGGCAUCCAUCCUCUCCGCACAGAUGAGUGCGGAAGGGAAACACGGCCAGACCUUGAAGGAACUUCAGCGCAUGUUUGCCUACCUCCUGGAGAGCGAGCGCAAGGCUUACAGCCCGCGCAGCUUCUGCAAGGCCUACACGAUGGACCACCAGCCGCUGAACACGGGGGAGCAAAAGGACAUGGUGGAGUUCUUCACGGACCUCAUCAGCAAGCUGGAAGAGAUGGCCCCACAGCUAAAGGAACUGGUGAAGCGUCUGUUCUGUGGAGUCCUCUCCAACAACGUGGUCUCCCUGGACUGCAGCCACAUCAGCCGCACGCUCGAAGAGUUCUACACGCUACGCUGCCAGGUGGCGGACAUGCGCAACCUCUACGAGUCAAUGGACGAACUGACGGUGAAGGACACCCUCGAAGGAGACAACAUGUACACCUGUUCUCAGUGCGGCCGGAAAGUGCGUGCAGAAAAGAGGGCGUGCGUGCAGAGGCUUCCGCAGAUCCUGUGCUUCAACACGAUGCGGUACACCUUCAACAUGGUGACGAUGAUGAAGGAGAAAGUGAACACCCACUUCUCGUUUCCCCUGCGCCUGGACAUGGCCAACUACAUGGAGAGCAACCUGCUGCCCAGCCAAGCACGCUGCAGCAGCCCCGGCGGCGUGGCCCAGGAGGACGGGACGAGCUACGAGUACGACCUGAUUGGCGUGACGGUCCACACGGGCACGGCCGACGGGGGCCACUACUACAGCUUCAUUCGGGAGAGGCUGAGCCCCGGCAAGGACAAGUGGUUUCUCUUCAACGACGCCGAGGUGAAGCCCUUUGAUCCGUCUCACAUCGCUGCCGAGUGUUUCGGGGGAGAAAUGACGAGCAAAACCUACGAUUCGGUGACGGACAAGUUUAUGGACUUUUCUUUCGAGAAGACAAACAGCGCGUACAUGCUCUUCUAUGAGCGUUGCUCAACGAGCACGCAAGAGAGCAACCAUUCUCCAGAACCCGCCGCUUCUGAAAAAGUCGGUGACACCGCGAAAGAACCGAAGCCGACGGAAGCUCCAACGUUGCGACUUUCGCCCGAACUGGCCGAGUGGAUUUGGCAGGACAACAUGCAGUUCCUUCAGGACAAGAGCAUCUUCGACCACACAUACUUCAAUUUCCUGUACCAAGUGAGCAGUUCGGUCCCUCAAACGCUCUCCUGCGGAGAAGAGGCUACCCUCUUGGCGGCGCAGCUGGGAACAUCUUUUGUCCUAGAGACCCUCAUUCACGCCAAGGAGAAGCCCACAAUGGCCCAGUGGAUCGAGCUCCUGACGAAGCAGUUCAAUGCCAGCCAGGCAGCAUGUGAGUGGUUCCUGGACCACAUGGCGGAGGACGAGUGCUGGCCCGUCCAGAUCCUGAUCCGCUGCCCGAACCAGGUGGUGCGGCAGCUCUUCCAGCGGCUCUGCAUCCAUGUCAUCAAUCAGCUGCAGCCCGGACACUCCUCCCUCUACCUGCAGCCCUACCCAGACAGCGACGACUCGUCGGACGUGGACUUGAGCCAGAUUGGGCAGUACUCGUGCGUGACCCGGUUUGUCCGCAAGCUUCUGGCUCUGAUUGAGCACGGGGCCAAGCAGCACCUGCGGCACUUGACGGAGUACUUUGCCUUCCUGCUGGAGUUUGCCAAGAUGGGCGAGGAGGAGUGCCAGUUCCUGCUCUCGGUCGAAGCCAUCUCCACCAUCGUGUCCUUCUACCUGGGACACAAGCUGGACUAUGUGGAGAUGGUGUCAGAAGAGGAGGACGAGGAGGAAGAGGAGGAGGGCGCGCCCGUCACAAAGUGUCGUCCGGCACCCCUUGACAAGAUGGUGAGCCUGGUGCUGCUUCUGGUGGAGAAGUCGCGGGGCGAGGACCAUCGGUUGCAGCUGGCUCAAGCCGACUACAACGCCCUCACCGGUGGGAAGGGUUUCCCGUUCCUGUACCACCAAAUACGAGACAACAUCUGUCUCCGGCAGACGUGCAAUCUCAUCCUCAGUCUAUGCCGGUGGAACGAACACCUAGCUCCUCAUAUCAUCAACAUGGUUUUUUCGGCAGUCACCAAACAACCCGAGGCAAGCGGUCCCUUCUUCAAGCUGCUCUCGAUGCUUGUGGAGUUUGCGGGCGGUCUGCCAGGGAUGCCUGCCUUCACGUCCCUGGUCCUGCAGCGCAUCUGGGAGGCGGCGGAGUACUGUCCGCUGCAGUGCCUGGAGUGGCUGACGAUGCAGGUGCCCCGCAACAAGCUUGCCCACACCUGGGUGCUGCAGAGCAUGGACACCUGGGUCGAGAAGUUCCUGCUGGCGCACGCCCUGCAGAGGGUUCGCAACGUGGCGGCCCUUCUGCUGGUGUCACUGGUGCCCAGCUCCCAGUUUCGGCAGGCAUUCCGGUCCGGCAGAAAUGGUCUGGCCCCCCACAAGGAGUUGCCUAUGAGCUCCGAAGCUGUUUCUGUGAUGCACCAGGUGUACCAGUUCCUACUCCGUCUACUCAAAAAGGCCAAGCUGUAUGUCGAGCCUGCCGUCCAUGGCACUGCCAAACUCAUGUACUACUUUGCCGUGCUCACUUACUGCCUGGUGGGGAAACAGGAGAAGCUCAUGUUCAGCCCUUUCUUCUUGGACCUUUGGAGCCUGUUCCAGCCGGGGCUGUCAGAGCCAGCCAUUCCUGUCCAUCACAACAAACAGACGUUGCUGCUGUUCUGGUACCAGGCUUGUGUGGACUGCCCCGAGAACGUCAAGCUCAUUGUGCAGAACCCGCACGUCACCAAGAACAUUGCCUUCAACUACAUACUAGCGGAUCACGACGACCAAGACGUGGUGGUGUUCAACCGCUGCAUGCUGCCUGCCUACUACGGGCUCCUGCGGCUGUGCUGUCAGCAGUCUCGACCCUUUGCCCGCCAACUGGCAGCCCACCAGAACGUCCAGUGGGCCUUCAAGAACAUCACGCCGUACACCACCCUCUACACCGCGGCGGUGGGCGAGCUGCUGAAGCUGAUGGAGCUGUUUGUGGCCCUGCCGCGGGGCGCCAGCGACCAGGAGCAGCGCGAGGUGUCGCUGUUCAAGCGCACCACCCUGGCCCUGUACCUGGGCCUGGACCCCCGGGUGUGCUGGGCCACCCUGGUGGCCGCCCUGCGCAUCCUCGUGGCCACCCCGCAGGACAGGCUCCUCGUCCUGGCCGGGGGAGGCCUGCCCGUGCUCUUCCAGGCGCUGCACACGCUGCAUGUGAUGUACCACGAGGCGACGGCAUGCCACGUGACGGGAGACCUGGCGGACCUGCUCUCGCUGGUGCUGGAGCUGUUGAGCACGUGCGCGACCGCCGGCAGCGCCGCGGCCGACCCCCUGGCCUCGCUCAGGAGCUGGCCGCAGCUGGGCGAUGCACUUCGGCGUCUGCUCACCCUGCUGAACAGCUACGUGCCACCCCAGGUCCGGCUGCUCUGCCUCGAGGUCCUGAAGGAGCUGGUGACGCUGAUGCCUCGCGAGACUGUGGGACCGGUGGUGCCUUUGCUGGCCAGUUGUCACAGCAGUUUCCUCGAAAGCAACGGCCUCAUGACAACGGGGCCCUACUUUCCCCGGAGGGGUCAGAAGAGCUACCCUGUCAAGACGACCGUGCGACCACAGCGGCCCAUCCUCCAGAUGUUCCUGCAUCUCAGCCAGCUGGAGGCCUCCAAGGGAGUGGACCUGGAGUACGACCAGGCCCUGUUGGACUUCUUUCUACCGUACCACCAGUUCGUAGAGACGCUGUUCCGGGCAGCCUUGGCACAGGGACUGGUCUCCCAAGACCUGGUCAACCUUAGUGCGAUGGUGUCCAUCGAGGGCGUCCCGCUGCACAUCGACCUCAUCCCCAGGCUGUGGCUCGAAAUCCUCCAGGGAGAGAAGUGCGUGGAGUUUGGGGAGUUUCUGCGUAGCAGCACGUACGUGACCAACUGCGUGUCGGCGGUGCUGCUCGAGGAGAGGGGCUACCUGAACAACCCCAUGGUCUUUCGGCUCUUCUCGUUGCUGGUGCCGAAGGUGGGCAAGCAGGUGCUCAAGGAGAGCGUUACCAACCUGAUCCUGUCUCGAGCCAACGCGUUGGUCGCCUCGGAAGCGGCGAGAGACAUCCGGAAACACGCACGUCGGAUCACUGCCGACCUGAGAGCAGUCCUACUGGUACUGUCGGUGCACGGGGGCGUCGCACCGGCUUGUCUUGGAUUGGCCGACUACCUGCGAUCGCUAGAGGCGCACUGCCAGGAAAACCUGCCCCCAGCUGAGGAACCAAAGCCGCUGCGGGAUUCGGAAGAGAGCCCGCCGCCCAAGAAGCCCAAGAGCCCCAUCAAGGAGGAGGGAGAGGAGGAAGGCCGCCCCAAGAGUCCGACGGAGCCCCCUCCUCCCCCGCAGCAGUCCUCGGAGCAGGACCCCUUCGAACCGCUCUUGGACACGGUCCAGGCCCUGCUCAAGAUGCUGCCCCACGGCGAACACCCGUCGGCGUCAUCCUAGCACCGCCGCCACCACCGCCGGCGCCGCUGUGCCGGGACGUCCCGUCGACAGAGAAAGCGACACAGUCCUCUUCCUUCCGCUCGGUCGUCGUACCCCCGCCACUUCUUCUCACAAGAACUUCUCGCGGAACGGAAGGGACGCGGAGGACGCGUCUGGUGGACCCAGGCAAGAAGAAAACGACGACGACAAAGUUGCAAUGGCGCACUGUUUCGGACCGCCGCUGCACUCCAGCUGUGAUACUUUUAAAAAGGAAAGUCUCCGUGGGAGGGCUUUGUUUCCAAGCCCAGAACGAACUCUCUGCCCUCUCGCUUCACGUGCUCGCGACGUAGAUCGCGUUGCCUUUGUUUCGGUCUCUUCUUUCCGUUCUUUUUUUUUUAUAUAUAUAUAGAUAUUAUUCAGUGCUUUGGGGACUCUGCGAAUCUUUCCAUCGUGGAUUUUUAUCAUCUGGUCGGACGAAGAAGAUGGCGUCGUUAGUCGCGUGGAGAGAGCGCCGGGCGGGGAAACGGGAAGCUACGACCGGCCAUCGCGAGCGUCUUCUGGCUUAGAGUUGCCUCGGAGUGAACGUCGACCUGAGACUGCGAGACCGGUGCCUAUCAAGGGGGCCACCACAUACGCUCUUUUGUCACUUUUUUUUUUUUCUUACUAUUUAUUGCAGCACUGGAUGUUCUUUUGGCUGAAGAGGAGCAUCGCAGGGCGGCCCUUGCGUCGAAGACAACUCUGCCAAGAGCGCGCCAUGCCGCGAAAGCCCCGGAGCUCUUCUCUGCCUUUUAUUUUUUUUGUCUCUUUUUGUGGGUUGAUGGACUGGCAGAAAAAGUUGUGCAGAGUUUUGUGAGAGCCUAUGCGAGGAAACGUGCAUUUUUGCCCCGCGACGAAAAAGAAAAUUGUGUCCGACGACAGUUAGGCGACGGUGUCCGGAACCUUCUCGACCUGUUUCAAUUCUCCGGUUCACGCGGGGAGACCCGGGAACGCACGGGGAACCCCCAGAGAACCGCUCGGUGGUGCGAUCUUCUCGGACAGAGAACCUUUUCAAUCCUGGCACGUUGUGCAUGCAGUUAUUGUUAUAUCAUGUUUUUUUUUUUCUCAUUAAUAUGCCGCCAGGGGGCGUCGCCUGCUACUUCCUGGCAGCCGUCGUGUAUAGUGGCUGUGAAUAUUAGGUCCUCUUUACUUUUUCUCAUUCGCGCUCGAAAUAAUGAUGAUGAUGACAAUGAUAAUAAAAAAGAUACAUGGCGAGGCA